CCCCUUUUCUUCUCCUUCUUCUUCAUGUCCCUCCUCCUCUGCUGGUGCUGUCCUUGGUGCUGAAGCUGCAGCAGCGCCUGUCUCCCUCUCUUCCCUGUCUUCUGGCAUCAAGCCACUUCCCUCCCUCCUUCCUCCUUCCCUUUGCCAUCUCCCCUCCCUCCUCCUUCUCUUCUCCUCUCCUUCCCUCCUCCUCUCUCUCUCCCUCUCCGCAUUCCUCGCCUUCCUCCACAGCCCAAGCCAGCAGCACCAUGGCCAGCAGCACCGCCACCAGCAGCAUCGGCAGCGGGAGGAAUGUCUUUGCGGCACGGCUCUUGGCCUUCUCUUCCUCCUCUGCCAGGCGUUCUGCGGGUCUCUUGGCCCUGGCAGGUGCCGCAGGAUCCCUGGCUGCUGCAGGGUUCCUUUUGGCCCGCAAGAAGGAUGCCGCCUCUGCCCAAGCCAACAGGAGGCUCUAUCCGCCCAGCGCUGAAUACCCAGACCUGCGCAAACACAACAACUGCAUGGCCAGCAGCCUGACGCCUGCCAUCUAUGCCCAGCUGUGUGACAAGUCCACACCCAGCGGGUGGACCCUUGACCAGUGCAUCCAGACCGGGGUGGACAACCCAGGGCAUCCCUUCAUCAAGACUGUGGGCAUGGUGGCUGGGGAUGAGGAGUCCUACGAGGUAUUUGCAGAAAUCUUCGAUCCCGUGAUUGAGGAGAGGCACAAUGGCUACAACCCCCGGACGAUGAAGCACCCCACCGACCUGGACGCCAGCAAGAUCAAGGCCGGCCACUUUGACGAGCGCUAUGUGCUGUCCUCCCGCGUGCGCACUGGGCGCAGCAUCCGUGGCCUGAGCCUUCCCCCCGCCUGCACCCGGGCCGAACGCCGCGAAGUGGAGAAGGUCACGGCUGAAGCGCUAGGCGGGCUGACUGGUGACCUGGCUGGGAAGUACUACCGCCUCAGCGAGAUGACCGACAAGGAGCAGCAGCAGCUCAUUGACGACCACUUCCUCUUCGACAAGCCCGUCUCCCCGCUGCUGACAGCCGCAGGGAUGGCCCGGGACUGGCCCGACGCCCGUGGCAUCUGGCACAACCACGAGAAGACUUUCCUGGUCUGGGUCAACGAGGAGGACCACACGCGUGUCAUUUCCAUGGAGAAGGGCGGCAACAUGAAGAGGGUCUUUGAGCGCUUCUGCCGCGGACUGAAGGAGGUGGAGCGCCUGAUCCAGGAGCGGGGCUGGGAGUUCAUGUGGAACGAGCGCCUGGGCUACAUCCUGACUUGCCCUUCCAACCUGGGCACGGGCCUGCGCGCCGGCGUCCACAUCAAGUUGCCUCAGCUCAGCAAAGACAGCCGCUUCCCCAAGAUCCUGGAGAACCUUCGGCUGCAGAAGCGCGGCACGGGCGGCGUGGACACGGCGGCCACGGGCAGCACCUUCGACAUCUCCAACCUGGACCGCCUGGGCAAAUCAGAGGUGGAGCUGACCCAGUUGGUGAUUGACGGCGUGAACUACCUGAUUGACUGCGAGCGCCGCCUGGAGCGCGGGCAGGACAUCCGCGUCCCGUCCCCGGUGCCCCAGUUCCGGAGCUGAGCUGAGCCAACCCCUGGGAGCCUGGGCCUGGAAGCAGCCCUGAGGCCCUCCUCCCUUGGAGCACAGCUCCCCAUAAAGCCUCCGCACUGCAACUGA